AUGAAAGUGCCUAGGCCACCCUGACCUUAUCACUUGUGUGUUAUGAUUCGGUUCCUAAUUUCUGACUGUAUGUAGGGAGCACAUUAGCUUUAGCUGUUCGGCUUUCCGAUUGGAACACAGGGACACGGUGGAUCAGACAAUCCAUUGUGUGAUCCAAACAACAGGAGAGCCAGGGUAGUAAAUGCACUUGAGUAGUCUUCAUAAGUUGAGCCCCGUGAUUUUUGAGUGCGUGGCAGUGAGCAACACUAAACUGGAGCAAACACAAUAGAACGAAUUGGCCAAAAGGAUGGCAUGAUCCGACAAUUGCUUCUUUAGUCUUGAUACUCUUUAAGAUCUUAACUUUUAGUUCGAAAGGCUCCUUCUCUCAGCCUCACAGUUCGUGGGAACCCGGUAGUGAAACGAGGUCUCAUUCUUCAAUCAUGGGUCGUGAGCACACAAUUGGGUUGGUAUUGGUCCUUCUCGUCACUUUGGGAGCUUAUCAAGGAGUUUCAAGUCAAGGGGUUGAAAUACCGGCUAAAGAUACUGAGCGGAAGGAACUCCAGCUCACGAAUGUCAAUCUCGUAAGCGACAAAGCAGUUUCAAAGAAGUCAGACGAGAAGGUGGCCGAACCAAUCAAAGGAUGGGAUUCAAUGCCGGAGACAAAUUGGAAGCCUAGUAAUGGGAACGAGGAACUCAAACGCCAAGCUGAAGAUCAUGAAGCUUCCGUCAAUCAGACAUCCAAGAGACACAAACUCUCCGUCGAUCGUCCAAAGAUAGAAGACACCUUCGAUGCCACCAUUUCCAUUGCAGACAGGCCUGAAUGUCAGAGCGAUCUGGAAGCGUCCCAAGCCUGCAAGGAGAUUUUGCGAUCCAAUUCAAAUUAUCGCAAGAACACUUUGGCCUUGAUCUCAUGCCUACUCAGUCCCGAUAAUGAGGCUGAAUCUCAAGGGUCCGAGCCCAGAACUCUCAAGAUUUCCAACGCGUGCGAAAUAUUGGUUUGGAAAUACGAGGUGGCUCUCACUCAAAUAAAGGCCAUCACCAAUAAGAUACGAUCGAUCUUCUUGAAUUGGAAAGCUCAAGUAGAGAAGGAAACAGGGCGCAAACUCAAGGCUUUAAGAACUGACAAUGGAGGAGAGUACACCUCAAGAGAGUUCGAGGAUUUCUUGACGCAAAGGAGGGAAUCAAGCACGAGCUGGCUGUCCCGAGAAAUCCGGAGUAAAUUGGCGUGGCUGAACUAUUGA